GGCCCCGCCUCCCAACGGCCGCCGUUCGAACGCCGGCGGCGGUAGCGCGCGGGACGCCGAGAGGCGGCCGGGCCGCGUCCCCGUGCUUCAGAGCGGUAGCGCUGCGGUGAUGCUCGGCGUGAGCGAGUAGCGGGCAGCCGUGCGGCGGAACCCGAGGUGGGGCUGAGCGGCCGGCUCGGCGCGCUGCCUGCGGGCGAAGUCUGGGCUCUGCGCUGAGAAAUGAAGAGAAAAUGGGAAGAAAGAGUGAAGAAAGUUGAAGAACUAGCGUCUUACUAUGAAAGAAACCCUAUUCCUACAGUUUAUAAACCAAGACUGUCCAAACCUUUUCAGCCAUCCCGUGUUUGGAAACUAUUUUGUCGGCAGGCUGAAGCUUUCAGAUUUGUGAAAACCUGCAAGGAGGAUGUUCAUGUAUUUGCCUUGGAAAAGAACACACAAAAUGGACAGAGGUUUUACCUCGUGACUACAUAUAAGGAGCUUUGGCAUUAUUACACCAAAGGUUAUAAAACAAGUCUUAUGCAUUGCUAUGAAGUAAUUCCUGAAAAAGAUGCUUGCAAACUUUAUUUUGAUUUGGAGUUCUACAAAGCAGCAAAUCCCGGUGCCGAUGGCAAGGAUAUGGUUGCAAAGCUAAUUGAGCUUGUCAGCCAGAAGUUAAAAGAACUGUAUGAUGUUAACUGCUCAGCCAGAGAUGUCUUGAAUUUAGAUUCCAGCACUGAUGAAAAAUUUAGUCGGCACUUAAUAUUCCUACCCUGCAAGACUGUAUUUAAGGAUAACAUUCAUGUUGGUAACUUUGUGAAAACCAUUUUGCAGCCUGCCAUAAAAUUAAUGGAGAGUAACGUCACUGCUCCCAUUGCAGAAGGAGGAACAGGAUAUAUUUUCCAGUGUUCUGCACCAACAGUUGAGUUAGAUGGUUCUCUUACAAACUUCACUGCAGUCAAAGAUGCCUCCAAAGGCUGGCCAGCCAUUGCUGACCAAAGAAAGGAAACAGAAACAUCAUACCAUAGAGAAAACUCUGAAUUUUCUUUUCUAAUAGUAAAUAACAAAGAAGGAGACAAGCAACUUUUUGUGGACCUAGGAGUUUACACAAGGAACAGAAAUUUCCGGAUGUAUAAGUCAUCAAAAGCAGGAAAAAACGUGAUUCUGACAAUAGCAGAGGAUAAUAAGUUUAUCCCUAAUUGUGAAGAGAACGUUUCUUUGGAGGAGGCAUAUUUUCUUUCCUCUUUGGUCUGCAACAUUAGAUCCAAAGAUGAUACAAAAAUUCUAUCUAGCUUUCUAGAAGAGGAGAUAAAGACGUCUGCUUCUUUAAACAGUAAAACCACCAGAAGCACUAGAGAGUCCAUGGAAGGCUAUCAGGAUUCACCGUAUCCAGAGAUUGAUCGUUUUGUUCGUUCUUUGAUUAAUAAAGACGGGGUGCAAGGAGGGAUAAGGCAAUGGAAUUAUUUCUCAGGGGAAGAAAUACUUGUUUAUGAUAUUUCUGGUUAUCGUUGGUGUGAAAAUAUUGGAAGAGCCCACAGAAGUAACAACAUCAUGAUUCUGGUAGAUCUAAAAAAGGAAGUCUGGUAUCAGAAGUGCCACGAUCCGGUCUGCAGGGAAAAAAACUUUAAAUCACAAAGUCUUCCGUUGCCACCUAGGAUAUGUUUGUCUUCUCUUUUCAUAGAGGAGGAAGAUCAUACGGUAACAGAGAAACAUGAGAACACAGAAGAAGUAACAUCACAUUCCAACCCUGCGGGUUUGUCAGACAGCCCAGCCUCUCAAGAAAAACACACAUCUCAAGACACUCAGUGGAACAGUGCAAGUGAUGAUGCCUAUUUGGUAGAAAGUGCUGAAGAUGUGGAGUUAGCAGAAGCUGCAGAUGAUAGCCUGGGUUACGACACAGAAGAAAUUCCUGAUGAAGUUCUUUUGGAAUUGUCAUGGAAACAAGACACUUGUAACAAAGAGAACAGCUAACCAUGGACUUGGCUAGCAAACAGACUAGUAGCAACAAAGCUUGCUUUAAUACAGCGUGGGUAUCGCAUGCCUUCAGUGAAAGAUACUGUAAUGUAGUUCAAAAGCACUUUUCUAGAGCUUUUAGACAAUAACACUAGUAACUGCUAAAAACAAGCAACCCUGAGAACAGAUUAAAUGGUGUAAAGAGAUCAAAGGGCCUGAAGACGACUGGGCUGGAAACUCUCCAUGAAGGCUGCUUCAAGACAUUUAGCACUUUGAAGGCUUACUGCUUUGCAAUUUCUAUUUUUCUUAGCUGUUUGUUCAACUUUUACCAAUAAGCCAAAUAGUAUAUUUCUUCACUUACAGACAUGGAAGAAAACUUUAUUUCUGAUACAGAUCUAAUAAAGAGAUUUGUCUGUUACUGGUUUAUCCAAA